GAACGUCCGGUCCCCGGAUCAGUCGACCACCGUAGACGGCCUGGCAUCAGCCUUAACGUCGUUGCAGCAGCCGAUGAACGCGAACUACGUUAGUCUUUAACUGGGUAUUCGCCGAACCGUGUCCGACGUCGGUUUUUCGCGCGAUCUUUCACCUACCCCGACCUCGUUCGGAACGUCAUGCGUCGCCGCCGUUCCCCGGCCGUCGGCGCGGCACCACUGCUGUUGCUCGCCGUCUGCGCGGCCACUGCGUACGCGUCGCCCUGGAGAAAACCUGAACCCGGCGAUAAAUGCGGAUACGAGUCUUGUCAUCCGGUGAAGGACGGCUAUCUCAACGUGCACUUUAUACCGCAUUCACACGACGAUGUUGGUUGGCUGAAAACCAUCGAUCAAUAUUAUUUUGGCACAAAUAAUUCCAUUCAAUUGGCUGGCGUGCAGUUUAUCUUAGACUCCGUGGUUUCCGAACUGUCUAAAGACCCGAACAAGAGGUUUAUCUAUGUAGAGACUGCGUUUUUCUGGAAAUGGUGGGUUGAUCAAUCUGAGGAAACGCAGGAUAUCGUCAGAGAUCUUGUAAGAUCUGGACGAUUGGAGUUCAUUGGAGGUGCUUGGAGUAUGAACGACGAAGCUGCUUCUAAUUAUUUAUCGAUUGUAGAUCAAUUCACUUGGGGCUUAAGAAAAUUAAACGAUACUUUUGGGGAAUGUGGAAGACCUCACAUUGGGUGGCAAAUCGAUCCGUUUGGCCACUCCAGACAAAUGGCCACAUUGUUUUCACAGUUUGGUUACGACGGUUUGUUUUUUGGACGAUUGGACUACGAGGAAAAAAAACAAAGGUUGUUGAACAAAACGGCAGAAAUGAUAUGGCAAUCCAGUCCUAACAUUGGUUCGUCGGCGGAUCUUUACACACAAGUCCUUUACAAUUAUUAUAGCGCACCCGACGGGUAUUGUUUCGACAUCGUGUGCGGUGUGGAUCCAAUCGUGGACGAUAAGAAAAGCCCCGAGUACAAUGUGGAGGACAAGGCGAAUUAUUUGAUCGAUUAUUUGCGGUAUCAAGAAAAGGCGUACCAGACGCACGGCAACGUGAUCUUGACGAUGGGCGGAGACUUUACGUACCAGGACGCUCAUUAUUAUUACAAAUCCCUAGACAAAUUAAUCAAGCAUAUAAAUUCGAAACAAGCUUUUGGAAGUAAGAUUAAUGCAAUUUACUCUACACCAUCGUGUUACCUGAAAGCUGUUAACGAUAAACAAAUCACGUUCCCGACAAAACAGGACGAUUUCUUCCCGUACAAAAGUGAUAGGCAUUCAUAUUGGACCGGAUAUUUCACAUCCAGACCUACACAAAAAUAUUACGAACGAAGGGGCAACAAUUACCUACAGACGUGUAAACAGCUGGCCGUGCAAAGUCUCGCGGGCGCUAGGUACGAGGUCAACAUCACGGCGCUGCGGGAGACGAUGGGGGUGAUGCAACAUCAUGACGCGAUCACGGGCACGGCGAAACAGCACGUGGCCAACGACUACGCGCGACUGCUGAGCGAAGCGAUAGCGGAGUGCGAAGAGACGUCGCACGAGAUACUCACAUCGCUGGCCGGCUGGGAGAUGACGGGAAUGGACACGUGCCCCCUGACCAACAUCAGCCAGUGCGAGAUAUCGGAGCGUGAAGAGCAGUACGUGCUCACCCUGUACAAUCCGCUGAGCCGACCGGUGGUGGAGCACGUGCGGCUACCCGUGCCCGGUGACACAGCCUACACCGUGGUGGACCCCGAUGGUCGGUCGGUCGCGGUGCAGUUCGUGCGGCUGCCAAUGCCGGUGGUGCGCGUGCCCGGCCGUCGGUCGUCGGCCACGGCGGAGCUGGUGUUCCGGGCGGACGGUUUGCCGCCGCUGGGCUACAAGUCGUACCUGAUCACGCGGCAAACGGACGGGCCGAAGCGAAACAAACGGUGGUCGGCCGUCGAGGAACCGACGGCCGGCGAAUCGUCCGCGGACCUCGGCGACAGCCGUUUGGGUUUGAAACUCGACGAUAAAGACUCGAGACGUUUCGUGCUGUACGCCGACGGCGAGGAGUACCCGUUGGUCCAGGAAUUUCUUUACUACAAGAGCAUGGAAGGCGAUAACAAACGAGACAACCGGCGAGCGUCAGGGGCGUACAUAUUCCGACCAGACGGCGACCCCGUUCCGGUUUGCGAUGCGCAGAAGAAGCCUAAACGUUUUUUCGGGUUGGAUCGACAAGACCGGUUUGGCGUACGAUACACGAUAUUAAUGGAUUGCCCAAUUUCGGGACCCGUGGUGCAAGAAAUCCAUCAGGAGUGCAAUGAAUGGGUGAGCCAGGUAGUGAGAAAGUACGCCGAUGAAGAUCACAUUGAAUUCGAAUGGCUCGUGGGACCUAUACCGGACGACUCGAUCGGCAAGGAGGUGAUAACACGUUUUCACAUUCCGUUUUACCAGAAUAACCAAACGUUUUACACGGACUCGAACGGACGGGAGAUGUUGAAACGCGUGUUGAACUAUAGGCCCUCGUUCUCGUUAAAAGAUAAUUUGGAGAACGUAUCGGGAAACUAUUAUCCGAUCACUUCUCGCAUAACGUUAACCGACAACCGGACGAGGUUCUCCGUUCUCAAUGACCGGUCUCAAGGAGGCACCAGUCUUCAGAAUGGACAAAUCGAACUUAUGGUGCAUAGAAGAUUAUUUUUUGACGACGCAUUCGGUGUCGACGAAGCAUUAAACGAAACCGCUUUCGGCAUGGGCCUGGUGGCCAGAGGGCAACAUUAUUUAACUAUGGGACCGGUCAACAAACAGUUUGCGGUCGAAAGACUGUUGGCGCAGAGGAAGCUCAUCAGACCGCAAUAUUUCUACACGAGGAAACAAAGCGUCACGUCCCACGAUGAUCUGAAGAAAACGAAUUUACUACAAUAUUCCGGUUUGAAAACUCCUUUACCGAAGAACGUGCAGCUACUUACCAUGGAACCAUGGAAAGAUGGAUCGGUGCUACUAAGAUUUGAACACAUAUUCGAGUAUAACGAAGAUAAAGAUUUAUCCAUACCCGUUGUUAUAGAUAUACAGGAUUUGUUCACGAAAUUCCGUAUAGUUUCAUUAAAGGAGACCAUAUUGGGCGGUAAUCAAUGGUUAUCGGAGAAUAGUAAAUUAACUUGGAUGACAGAGAAUAACCGUUCAACAGACAGAGAUCGACCGACUCAAACAGAAACAAACAUUAAGUUAGUACUCGACCCCAAACACAUUAUGUUGACGCCGAUGCAGAUAAGGACGUUUGUAGCAGAAAUAACUCAAUAUCCUGCGUGAUUUUGUUACCAAAAAUUAAUUGUAGUGAAUCAUAGAAUAUUACAUACAUUUUUAUAAAUUAUUAUAAUAAUAACGAUAGCAUUUUGUUUUCUUCUAUGUAAAUUGUAGUUUAUGCAUUUUAUUAUAGUUAAAAGAGUAUGAUAUUUAAACUGA